AUGCCCAAGUUUGUCCCCCGCCAGCGAAAGCAAAAGCACAAGCAGAGGGAGGCAACAACCGCUCCGGUAGACACCAAUGUUGCCGAACUUGCGCCCGUCUCCAAGGAUGAGAAGGAAGCUAAACGGCAGAAGCUAAAGGAAGAAUUGCGAGCACAGCACGCUCAGGUUUCUUCCAAGAAGCAGAAGCGCUUGGACAAGUAUAUCGAAAACAAGCUGAAGAAAGAAGAGAAUCUCGAGCUGCUUAAAAAGCUCGCGCAAUCCAAGGUUGAUACCUCGGCCCUCCAGAGCUCCAAGGAAUUAGGAAAGCGCAAGCGACAAGAUGAAGUACCGGCCGUAUCUAGAACCGCGGAUCACGACUCGCGCCAUGAUCAGGACCUAGAUUUUUCGGAUGACGAUUCGGACGAUUCGUUGCCCCAAUCGAAGACCACUGUUAACGAAUCUAAAUCCGAAGCCCCCGCGCAAAAGCCCGCAGAGAACCCAGCGACCGGUAUCGGGUUGAAGCGCCCUCUGGAACUCGGUCCGGAUGGGUUUCCGGUUCUCAAGAAGCGAAAGAAGGUUGCGAAGAAACCAGAGAUAACCAUCACGAUGCCGGAAGUGCCGUGGGAAGGAUUUGGCUCAGAUGAGGAUCAAGACGAAGACGAAGAGUCCGAAGAGGGCGAAGAUGAAGAUUCAGAGGGAACAUCGUCCGAUGGCUCAAGUGACGAAAGCGGCAGUGAGGGUGAGAGCGAUGAGGACGAAGAUGAGGAUGAUAGCGAGGAAGACGAUGAAGAGAGUGAGGAAGAUGACGACGAAGAAGGCGAAGAGGAAGAGAAGCAUAAAGUGGGCCAACCUCGACAAUCCGCCUUCAAAUCUUGGGCCAGACAGCAGAUCAAUGAUGCCAUCGGUUUCAAGCCUACCACUGUUCCAGUCGUCGAGGAGCAGGCGUUCAUUCCAGAACGCAAGAAGCCAGUCAGGAACACUGUUGCCGAGGAGGAACCCUUGCCCUUGGAACUUCAGGUCACCACGGGGGACCCCAACCGGAAAGCCUUUAGUGUCCAGGUCAACCGGUCAGAGGAAAUACAAAAUGCACGCUUGGGACUGCCGGUUGUUGGCGAGGAACAGAAGAUCAUGGAAGCAAUCUACAAUAACUCCUCGAUCACAACCCAGCUUCCCCAAUUCCUCUUCGAAGCGGGCUAUGGCAACCCCAACAGCCCCAAUCCAGGCAUGAUCGGAGUAACUCAACCACGCCGAGUCGCAGCAGUCAGUAUGGCGAAGCGUGUAGGCGAAGAGCUGGGCGAAUUCUCCGACCAAGUCUCCUACCAGAUUCGCUUUGAGAGUACGGCAUCCAGCAAGACCGCAAUCAAGUUCAUGACCGACGGUAUCCUCAUCCGCGAAAUUGCCGAAGACUUUUCCCUUAGCAAGUAUUCGGUCAUUGUGAUUGAUGAAGCCCACGAACGGAGCGUCAACACCGAUAUUCUCAUUGGAAUGGUCAGCCGCAUUGUCGACUUGCGGAAGGCUAUGCAGGAAGAAGACCCGUCCGUCAAGCCUCUGAAGCUCGUUGUCAUGUCUGCCACCCUGCGCAUCUCCGAUUUUACACAAAACCCGAACCUCUUCCGUCAAGGACCGCCACCUUUGGUUCAAGCACAAGGUCGCCAGUAUCCUGUCACCAUCCACUUCUCCCGACGUACCAACCGCGAUUAUAUCGAAGAGGCAUUCCGCAAGGUGUCGAGAGGUCACCGCAAGCUGCCUCCGGGCGGGAUGCUUGUGUUCAUGACCGGACAGAACGAAAUCCGUCAGCUGUCCAAGCGUUUAAAGCAGGCCUUCAAACCCACCCAGCGCGGCGAAGCCACUCAAGCCAGGGUCCAGAUCUCUGCCAACGAUGCACCACUGGAGGCGGAAGAUUUCGAGAUCGGCGAUGACGAGAGCGAUUACGAAAUCACUGGACUGGAUGAACCCGAGGAAGAUGAGGACGAGUUUGAUCUGGGUGAAGAGGCCAUGAGCUCGACGACGCGGGUCCAUGUACUCCCAUUGGUUUUUGAACCCCCGCCGGAAGGCUCCCGACUUAUUGUCUUAGCCACCAACGUGGCUGAGACCAGUCUUACAAUCCCCGCAAAGGAGAAGCAGUACGAUCUCGCAACAGGUGUCCAGAAGUUCCAAAUUGAAUGGAUCAGCAAGGCCAGUGCCAACCAGCGAGCUGGACGUGCUGGUAGAACUGGACCUGGUCAUUGCUACCGUCUGUACUCUUCGGCAAUCUACGAGAACGAAUUCGCCGAAUACACUGACCCCGAAAUUCUGCGGACGCCGAUCGAGGGUGUCGUACUUCAGAUGAAGAGCAUGGGACUCCACAAUGUCAUCAACUUCCCAUUCCCUACACCCCCCAGCCGCGAGGGUCUAGCCAAGGCCGAAAAACUCCUCAAGAACCUGGGCGCACUCACAUCUGAAGGCCAGAUCACGCAAAUAGGUAACCGCCUAUCUACAUACCCUCUGUCUCCCCGAUUCGGCAAGAUGCUGUACGUUGGCCACCAACACGGCUUCGGCGAUCUGUUUGUUCCGGAGAACCAGAUCGAUCCUACACCAGCGAAGGACGAUAGCGAGCGCAACGGUGUAUACACGAACGCGGACCGUCUCGAAGACACUGCCCGGGAACAGCGCCACAAGGACUACGCUCGGGUCCACCGUCUCUUCAGCAAGCACGACGACACAUCUGACGCACUGAAGUACCUGUCGGCGAUUUGCGCCUACGGAUACGCCUCCGACGGCGACGCGUUCUGUGAGAAGAUGUUCCUGCGCGCAAAGGCCUUCAAGGAAGCCACGCAGCUCCGCCGGCAGCUGACGGACAUCGUGCGCAGCAACAACCCGGGUCUGGUUCAAGCCUAUCAGGCACGCUUGCCCGAACCGACCGAGAAGCAGGUCAAGGCCAUCAAGCAGAUCAUCACGGCCGGGUUCAUCGACAAUGUUGCUCUCCGUGCUGACCUUGCUCCCGUCCCGCCUGAGAUGCACCGUACCCCCAAGCGAGCCAUCGAUGUUCCCUACUUCACGCUGAUGAGAUCUCGUGACGGACCCGGCUUGGAGCUGGACGAAAAGGUUGUCUAUGUGCACCCGUCGUCUGUCAUUGCGCAGCUCUCCGCUAAGGAGAUGCCUCAGUACAUUGUCUACUCGCAUCUCCAGCAAUCGUCGCCCUCCAUUGUAUCUGCAGACCAGACUCCUAAGAUCCGGAUGUAUCCCCUCGCUACACCCAGCGGGCUACAGCUGUCCGCGCUGGCACAUGGAACGCCGCUGAUCGAGUACGGCAAGCCCAUUGGCAAGACGGAGUUGAUCGAGGGUAUUCCUCAACGGCGAUCAUGCUGGGUGAUCCCGUCGCUGGUAGGUGAGGCCGGCGGAGCGCGGUGGCCGCUACCAGCCAAGAAGGUCAUCCAAAGGAAGGAUGCGAAGGAAGGAUGGGUGAUAGAAAAAUUCGUCGCAUAA